AUGGCGGCAAAUCUUCAGUUGUCACAGAAUCACGAAGGCAACCAUCCACCUGCUGAUGAAACUGAAGCUGAAACGGGAAUACCUCAGCCCAAAGGACAAGGAUAUUUGCCAUCAAGUAGCCUUUGUUCUAUCCCCAAACCCCCUAUCAUCUCUUCAAAAUCAGGAGGCUUUCCCAUCUCCCUAGCAAUGGCCACGAAGUUACGGCAGACCAUCUUUGGAAAUGCCACGCAAGUCUUCAGCUAUGACUGGAAAAAGGCCUAUUUCCAUUUCCAUGAUCCUUUUUCUGACCUGGCUUUUGCUUUGGAAGUAGGAAAGGGAGGUGCCCGAAGCAUUCAGAUGGCUGUACAAGGAUCCAUCAUCAAACACUUGUUGUUUACAAGGGAGGAAAAAGACUGUAACCUUCACAGUUUAUGUGCAGUAAGCAAACGGGAGCAGGACCAAGGCCUGGCUACAGCACUGGCUGGCAUCCUGUGGAUGGCGGGAGCCGCUGAGAAGGCCACCGUCUGUCUUGUCACUGAGGACACUUAUGUCCUCUCGACUCCUGACUACUCGGGAGAUGAUUUCACAGAGCGGCUCCAGCUGUUUGAACUUUCAGAGAAAGAAGCCACUGAGAGAUUCAUCUAUGAUCAUUUACAAUGUUUCAAAGGGGAAGGAAGCCAUGGUGUCAUCUUGUUUCUUUACAGCCUCAUCUUCUCCAGAACAUUUGAAAGGCUUCAGAAGGACCUGGAUGCUUCCACCUCUCAUCUGCUACAACAGAGUGCUGGGAGCUUCCUGUGCAGGCAGGCAGUUUUGAACAUGAUUCUGACCGGAAGAGCCAGCCCAAAUGUCUUCAAUGGCUAUCAGAGGGGAGAGUCGCAGGAAAUACUACAUGGAGUCCUGACCCGAAGUGAGGUUGGGUAUUUGCAGUGGUGUAAGGAUGUCUCAGAGGAUGAUAGACUUUCGCAGGUGGGCAGCAUGCUGAAGACCCCCAAAUUACCUAUUUGGCUGUGCAAUAUCAAUGGAAACCCCGGUGUUCUUUUCAGCACAAACAAGCAGCUCUUAUCAGACUGGAGAGCCGAGCGUCGCUUUGAUCUGUACCUGUACGGUGGUCGCCCCCCGCAGAAGAAGCCCGUGCAUCUCACAGUAGAUACUCACUCCCAUCACUGGGAAAGGAACCAACAUGAAGAGGAACAUGUACCAAGAAGACGGUUUUCUCCAGUGGAGAUGGCAAUCAGAACCAAGUGGAGCGAAGCCACCAUCAACUGGCAUGGAACUGCUCCCUUUCUCUAA